GUCUGUCUCCUCGGUCUGUCUGUCCGGAGGGGGGAAGGGGGGGGUGAGGCCGAGGUAAAGCCGUAGCCAUGGCAACAGGAGCUGCUGGCCCUGCAAGGAUGCUGCUCCCUUCAGCCCCCGCUGCCACAGGGAUGGUGCCGGGAGCCUCGAGGGCUGCAUCCCUGCCACCCCCCGCCAUGCCCGCAGCUGCCCUGCGCCUGCUCUGGGGGGUGAUGAUGCCGGCUGCCGUGCUCUGCGCCGAACCCCUGCCCCGCGUCGCCUACCCCCACGGGGACCCCCGACGGACCCUGACGCAUUUCAGCCAGGACAACGUCUCCCACUAUGAUAUCUUCCUCCUGCGUGAGAGCGAGGAGGAGCUCUACGUGGGGACACGGGACCGGGUGCUGGCCCUCAGCGUCGGCACCGCGGGAAGCAUCCGCGCCAAAGCCUCGAUAACGUGGGGACCCACAGCCCAGAAAAUAUCCGAGUGUGCUUUUAAGAAGAAGAGCCAGGAGACCGAGUGCUUCAACUUCAUCCGUGUCCUUGUGGCCCUGAACCAGACCCACCUCUACGUCUGUGGGACCUACGCCUUCAGCCCCGCGUGCACCUACAUCCAUCUAGAGAACUUCACACUGGUGUCCAGCAGCAGAGGACAACCUUUCCUGGACGGGAAGGGUCAGUGCCCCUUUGACCCUCAGCACACCUACACGGCUCUGCUGGUGGACGGCGAGCUCUACGCUGGCACCAUGAACAACUUCCAGGGCAACGAGCCCAUCAUCUCCCGCUCGCUGGGCAACCGCACCCAACUCAAGACGGACGCCUUUCUCCGUUGGCUUUCGGCCGACGCUGCCUUCGUGGCCUCCUUCAGCAUCUCUGGAGAUGACAAGGUCUACUUCUUCUUCGAGGAGACCGCUGAUGAGUUUGACUUCUUCGAGCGGCUCCUGGUGCCGCGGGUGGCCCGCGUCUGCAAGAGCGAUGUCGGAGGGGACAAGGUGUUGCAGAAGAAGUGGACAACGUUCCUGAAGGCUCAGCUGCUGUGUUCGCAACCCGGACGCUUCCCCUUCAACGUCAUCCAUCACGCCUUCGCCCUGCCGCGCCGUGACGGCGGUGCCGACUUCUACGCCGUCUUCACCUCGCAGUGGCAGGCGGGCAGCGCGGCCGUCUGCGCCUACAGCCAAGAGGCUCUGGAAGAGGUCUUCGAGGGGAAAUACAAGGAGCUGAACAAGGAGAGCUCCCGCUGGACGGUCUACGGUGGCCCCGACAUGAGUCCCCGGCCCGGCAGCUGCUACAUGGGUCCCUCCUCUGACAAAGCCCUCACCUUCAUGAAGGACCAUUUCCUGAUGGAUGGGAAGGUGUCACCUACCCAAGGACAGCCGUUGCUGGUGAAGACGGACGUCACGUACACGCGCAUCGCGGUGGACGAGACCCACGGCAUCUCAGGGACCACCUACCGCGUCAUGUUCCUGGCCACGGCGGAGGGUUUCCUGCACAAAGCGGUGGAGCUGCCGGAGGGUUCCCACAUCGUGGAGAGCAUCCAGCUCUUCGGAACGCCGGAGCCGGUGAAGAACCUACUGCUGGCCCCGGGGAAGGGGGUCCUCUACGUGGGCUAUUCCGGUGGUGUCCUCCAAGUCCCGUUGGCCAACUGCAGCCAACACCGGAGCUGCGCCGAAUGCGUGCUGGCGCGGGACCCGUACUGCGCCUGGCACAGCCUCGAGGGCUCCUGCCAGAACACCCGCAUCGCCGAGGACCCGAGCUCGUGGCUGCAGGACGUCGAGGCGGGGAGCCCGUCCACCGUGUGCCAGCGCGGGCGAAGCGCGGCCGUGCCCCGCACCCGGGGGCCACCGCCGGAAGACCCCGCUGCAGAGAGGCUCAGCCCUCCGCUGAACGCCGUGGUUCGCCUGCCAUGCCCGCGCCGCUCCACGCUGGCCACCUACAGCUGGCAGCAGCCCCACAGCCAGGGGGGCCGGGGGGCCACCGCCGUGUUGCCCGACCACACGCUGGUGGUCAUCAUGCAACGGGCGACCGCCGGCGUCUACAAGUGCCGGGCCACCGAGAACGGCUACACCUGGACCGUGGCUCAUUACGAGCUCUGGGACCCCACAGGGGCCAAGGAGGGGCUGGCGUGGGGGUCCGCAGCCGCCGGGAACCCUCCAUCGUACUGGAAGGAGUUUGUCACCAUGACGGUGCUGCUGGCGGUGACGUUGGCCACCGCCGCCUGCCUGGUUCUCCUCGCCUACCACAACCAGCUCAAAGCCAGGAGCAAAGUACGAGGGUGCAGCGCGCCCCACAGCCCCCAAUCCCAGCGGCGGGAGAAGGUACCCCUCAACGGCGGCAGCGGCGAGACCCCAGCCCUCGCGGUGGCCAGCGAGGAAGAGGAGGAGGACGAAAGCUCCCGCGCUUGCUGCCUCCAGCUCGACGGGGACGUCGAUGCGGAUAACAACAAGGUCCGCGUCCCGGUUGGGGACACGGCGUGACAUUGCCGGCGGGGUGGGAGCCCCUGGGGGGUGGAGGGGAUGCGAGCGUGAAGGGUUUCUCCUUUCUAUUUUAAUUUAAUACAGGUGUUUUAACGUAAGGUAACACAGUGGGGUAGU